AUGACAGACAUGUACUCAAAGUUGACAACACCAAGAAUUGAAACUAGUUCGCAUACAGAAGCAGAAAACUUUGAAUUAAAAUCCGAAUUGUCUUUGCCUUAUUCAGAUGGACAUUUACAAAUCACAGAGCUACCCAUAAAUGACCCCCACCUACGUCAUGUACGAUUAAAUAUCCGGUCUGGUUUCAAUCAUUUUGUUGCUGUGUAUAAAGUAUUACUUGAGAAAUAA